AUGACCUCGCAAGUCGAUGCAGAUAUUCGUUCAAGUCUUCUCAACAUCAGUAGAUUAGUCCGCGAAGUUGGAGAUAGAGAAAUUUCCCGUGUGAUUGAAGAAAUCAUACAAUGCCCCGAUCAAAUUGUCGCUCUCCAUGACGCGUUCAGAAGAAAGCUGAAACGCAGAUCGAGGAAGUCAGAUUCGGAAUUAGCCUUGAAAGAACGCGAGAACUGGUUCCUAAACUUUUCAUCAACAAAAGGCGAAAAGCUCAAGUCCACAACAGCUAAUGCGCUUGCCCGUCUCACAAGGAAUUGGGAUCUAUCGACGGAGCAAAUCAAAAAUUUACUCGUAUGCUCGGUACUGUGGGCUAAAAGCCCUGGUCUAUUUUGGACUGGUGGUCCUUCAGAUGAAAAUAUCACCCGCCGCUGCUACAAUGAUCUGAAUGCGAUUGAUGAACUUUCUCCUUUGCGACGAAGAAUCCUAUUGGUCACUAUUUCACAACAAGUCCAGCAAACCCAGAAAGCCCAGCCAAACACCGAGCCUACCGGAAGGAAGAGAUCCAGAGGAACAACAGACUGGCACCGGCGAGAUCAAGAAUGUCUCCACAAUGCAAUGUGCUCCUUAACGCAGCAGCUUUGGCCCGAUCUCACGGCCGAGAAACAGCAGAAGAUCCAGGACAAAAUUACCCGAUAUUCCCUAGCCGGGUGGAAAUGGCGCCAGCUCAAAGCUAAGGAAAUGAUCCUUGCUUUCCAAAACAUCAAUGUAACCCAGUAUGGUCCUAGCAUUAAACGAUUAGUGGGAUAA